AUCGAUGGUGUCCGCCACAGCGCCACCCUUUCUGCUGGACAGCCCGGUGUCCUGCACGGCGUGCGGACCUACGUGCUGCAGUCGCCCACCGGUCAGAUCAUCGAGACCCACUCCAUCAGUGCUGGCCUUGACUAUCCCGGUGUCGGACCUGAACAUGCUUGGCUGAAGGACUCCGGCCGGGCUGAGUAUGUUGCGGCCACAGACGAGGAGGCUCUACGUGGCUUCAGAAUGCUGACGCAGCGGGAGGGCAUCAUUCCCGGUAAAUUCGUUUGAGUCUGUCCCAAUCUUUUCUAACAUCUGGACAGCCCUCGAGUCGUCGCAUGCCAUCUGGGCUGGCGUGCAACUGGCUAAAACACUUUCGGCGGACAAGGACAUCGUCAUCUGUCUGUCGGGCCGUGGGGACAAGGAUGUCGAGCAGAUCUCAGAGCUGCUUCCCAAGUGGGCAGACAAACUCGACUGGCACGUUGCCAGAGGACACGCGUAGUUACUAUUGUAGUGGCUGUACAAUUAGAUAACCUCAAUCGAUCACUGAGCGUGACUCAAACAGUCCAUUGAGCCAUA